UAACGUUCGGUGGUGAGAUGGCCGUGGAGUCUCUGCUGGUUCCUGUGAAGUCGAAACGGGUUCUGUGGACAGACAGCAGGAGGCGAGACACCCCACCGCAGCCCCCCGUCGACCUCCAUUUUUAAAUUAUGAUAACGGUUUGAGCCUGAUUUUUGAUCUGCAGAUGUGAAUCCUGAACAUCUCAUCAACACUCCUCAGAACUGAAGACUGGCUGUGACCAGGUGUGUGCUGUAGCUGUGGUCAGGCAGCCUUGCUGCCUCUCUGCCUCCAGAUGAAUGAAGAACGCUCCGGGACCCAGAGACACAGCUGAUGCAGGGCAUGCAGGUGUUUCUGCAAAUAUGAUGAAGAAAAAGAAUCCCCACAAGAAACAUAAGAGCAGUCUGGGUCCGACCACCAAAGUUCUGUCUCAGCCUCGGAGAAACAUCGUUGGCUGUAGGAUCCAACACGUGUGGAAGGAAGGAGGAGGACAUGUCAUCUGGAAGGGAACCGUGCUUGACCAGGUGCCGGUGAACCCGUCCCUCUAUCUGAUAAAGUAUGAUGGUUUCGACUGCGUUUAUGGUCUGGAGCUUCAUAAAGACGAGAGGGUUCAGGGACUCGAGGUGCUCCCUGACAGACUCGCUAAAUCCCGUCUAACAGACGUUAACCUAGCAGACACCAUGAUCGGUAAAGCGGUGGAGCACAUGUUUGAAACGGAGGAGGGUCCAAAGGAGGAGUGGAGAGGGAUGGUAUUGGCCCGAGCUCCCAUCAUGACCACCUGGUUCUACAUCACGUAUGAGAAAGACCCCGUCCUCUACAUGUACCAGCUGCUGGACGACUACAAGGAGGGAGACCUCCGCAUCAUGCCCGACUCCAACGACAGCGUCCCAGCGGAGAGAGAACCUGGUGAGGUGGUGGACAGCCUAGUGGGCAAACAGGUCGAGUACGCCAAAGAGGACGGCGGGAAGCGAACAGGGAUGGUCAUUCACCAGGUGGAAGCCAAACCGUCCGUCUACUUCAUCAAGUUCGACGACGACUUUCUCAUUUACGUCUACGACCUGGUCAAAACUUCAUAAGACUCUGUGGACACCCUGAGUUCCCUCCUUACAUCACAGAAACAAAAACCAUCACAUGAUGAACCAUCUGAAGUAUUUUAAACUAACGCUCGUUCCUCCAAUCAUCAAAGACGGGAGACAAAGACAUUAAAAAAGGAAUCUCACAAUAGUAAAAGAUGAGAGAAUGCUUCAUGAGAAUUGACUUCAUUUGUGUAAAAGAGUGUUUGGUGAAGACUUUAAGAGCUUUUAAACUCUUAAAAAAAGAAAAAAAGGACCGUGGUUUUAAAUCUAAGUGUCCAGGACAUUGUAGAGGUGAGAAGGUGAGUGAAGGCAUCCAAAAAUUCAGUUUUACUGUAGCAAGAGAAACUAAAGCUUCACAAAGGAGAGGAAGAAGGAGAAUAAUGAAGCGGAUAAACAAACAUCUAUCAUCUCAAGCUUGUUUUUGCUUCGAGGACCCCUUAAAUCAGGACCAUCAACACAUUUCAGUGCUCUGAUUAUUUCUCUUAAUCUAUAAUUUGUCUCUAUCUGUAAAGAUUUUCAUCACAGCUGGCUCCGGCUUCUGCAAUGAAAAGAAAAACAGAUUAAGAAUGAGGAAAUUUAGGAGACACUAAGGCAAAAGAUGACUUUAUAAUUUAAAGUUUUUUGCUAUGAUUUUGUCCUAAUUAGAAUUGACCUUUGAAUGAUGAUGUCUUUUUUCAUUAUUGGAGUUUUCUUUUUGUUUUGAGCUCAUAAAUCCUGCUUGUUUUUAAGGUUCAUAGUUUUGACAAGUUCACCAACUUGUUUGAAUGAUCUUGAUUCUGAUUUAAAAAUCAUAACUUAGGCCAACUACUAAUUAUUUUCCCCAGUCCCCAAAAACCUACAUGUGAAAUAGUAAUGGCUUAAGCCUAAUUUGUACUUUGGCAUCAAAACUGUUAAGACCUACGCUGUGCUCGUGUGUUGGGGUGUCAGUUUUCUCUGUUAUACUCCUCCAAAAUGCUCCUCAGCAGUGUUAUUUUUAUGCCAGUUCCUGGUCUCUCUCACACACUUCCCACUGGUUUGUGUUCAGAAACUGAGGCGACUGAAAGAGAGCGAAUCAUGUUGGAGUUGUAGAUGAUAAAUAUUUAACAUGAGCUGAUUUUACUGCUGCUAUUGAAGAGGAAGACAGGAGACAUAAGAAGAGAUGGAAAGUACAGCUGAUGAAUCAAUUGAAGCAAAGGACGAGGGAAUAAUUUAGUUGUUUUCUGUUUUUUGCAAAGGCUAGUAAUAUGAUUCUAUUUAACCGACCAGUCUGCUUUGUUUUUAAAUGUUAUUGCAUUUUGAGGAGAUAAAAGUAAGGCUGCAUACAUAGGCUUCUGUUUAGGCACAGCUCUACCAAAACCCAGGGCAUAAGCCAUGGCAUAGAUCAGGGAUAGGCAACUUAAAUGACAAGGAGGGAAACAUUAAUUUUAUAGGGCCAUGUUAUUACAAAUUGUAGGAUAUUCUCGUUGUAACUGUAAUAAUUACUCAGAACUUAACAAAAGGGACAAGUAUAAAGCUUUUGUCUGAAUUCAUUUCUCCAAGGUUGAUAUUUUUAAAAUCAAAUGCAAAUAGUAAUACCUUAUUUAAAGAGCUAGGCACAAAUUCAAGCCAAUUGAAGCUAAAUUUUAAUGCCAUCAGCAUAGUUGAUGCUAGUAUAUUUGUAAUAAUGCAUUUGGUAAUGAAUAUGAAUACAUUUUACAGAUAAAAAUAUAGCCGGUUAGAUCUUUUAUUUCUUGCAAAAACAAACAUAUAGUACUGAUCAUUUUAUUAUAAUGGUAAAAUUUGUUUUUUCUUAUUUUUGUGGCAGAUUUUGUCCUUUUUUCUGUUAUAUUCACAAUGAUGAAGAGAAUCUGUUCAUUUUUAAAAAAGAAACAUGACAUGUUUAGCUUAUUAAAGCUUAAAAUUAACAUGAAAAAAACAGAAUUUUUUUUACAAAAGUCAUAAAUUUAGGAGAUGAAAACUUGAAAUUUUAAAGUUUAGAAAACUGCAAAAUUUUCAGAAAAGCCUUUAAUUUUCUGAGCCUGACAGGUUUGGGAAUUUAUGUGGAAAAAGCCUUCCAAUUUUUAGGUUUAGGAAGUCAUGAAUUAACAAAACAAGCAUCUUUUUUAGUUUAAAAAGUUGUUAAUUUACAUGAAAAGAAUCCCUUUCUCAAUAUAUAAAGCUGUAAAUUCAAGUGAAAUAAAUCUUGAAAUUUCCAGUGUUGGGAGGUAAAAAUUUGCUUAUUUUAACUCAAAAAAAAUCUCAGAAAAUUACAACUUAAUUAACUCAAGAGGUUUUGAGUUUGAUUUCUCAAAAAAUCACAACUUUAACUGAAAAAGUUUUUUUCUUGAAAAUUAGCAGGGCUUUUUUUCUCUAAUUUUUUAGAGUUACCUGAUACUCCUUUGAAUUAACCACACUCAUAAAGUCAUCUUUUUCCGUUUUUCAUGGCUGAAGUGGUGUUAACUAAAAUCCAUAAAACACAACACAAAAGAAACAGAAACUGGUCCUGACCUCAAUGUUAGCUGAGAGACCUUCUGAAGCCUAGUGAUGAAAAAUGUAAAACAAGCUUGAUGGUUAACUGAAACACUAGAGGAACCUUGGAAAUAUCUGAAGACAAACGUUACGGCCUUUUUGCUGUUGUACAGGACAAAACAAGACUUCGUUCAUCAUUUGCUGUGCUGCUUCUGCAGGCUCCAUUUCACUGAAAUUCAUGGAAGAGGGUGGAAAAAUCCUCAGAAGACAUCUGCAGAUGUAAACUGUGCUUUAACAAAAGAUGGGGGCUUUUUAUUUAGCCUUUUUUAUCAUUGCCAAACCCCCUCCUGUCGUGGAGUUCUGUUUUGUGAAAGACAAUGGGACUGCUUUUUUCUUGUGAUUUCACUAAAGCCUUUGGAUUUGCUCUCGUGUCGUCUUUUCUACGUCAUCGAUGACGAAACAGGAAGGAGAAAAUGAAACUCGGCCAAAGCUCCUUCUGUCGUUGGCGAUUUGUUUUUGAUGUCGUCGUCACAGACUGACUUUUGUUGCGUUCCCGUUCUUCUGUUUGAACUUUAAACACGGCGGUGGAAUCUCACCGGCUCAAAUUGUUGAUUUACGUAGCAAAAAGCAGCAUGGUGGUCUGAUGCACCUUAAACCACAGGAGGAGGACAAAAGAAUGAGUUCAUUUUCACCAGAAUCUUCUAGAAAAACAGAUUUACUGUAGUGAAACAGUUGAGUUUUCAUUUUCCAAGCUUCCUGUGAACACUUAAAAAUUCCAGUGACUUUACGUUUGAGUUGAAAUGAUUAUAAACUAAAGUAUCCCAGUUUUUACUGAAAUCAAGUGUAAUCAGGUCUGUUUGUAUGUAUGUAUGCAGUAAGAGACGUCACAGUCAGAUGUGUUUAUUAUGAAGAGAUUAACAAACAUGAAGGUUUAAAGUUACCUUUUUAUUCAGAGGUACUCCAGACUGAAGGUUUUGCAUCAAUGUGUUCUUCAAACUUGUUCUAUUUCUUGUUUUAAGGGGAUGCAUGUUUCUUUGUUUGUUCAGUAACUCCAGGAAUGAGGAGCAUAUAAAUCUUCUUUCUAGGGAUGCAGUAAAAGGACUUUUGCAGAUGUUUUUGCACAGCUAAAGUAGCAAACUCUUUCUGGUUGAUUACUGACAUGGAUGCUUAUUUUGUUUGGAAAGCUCAAAAAACAUCUGAUUUCAUAUCUUUUGUAAACCUUUAUUGCCAAAAAUGUCAAUGAUAUUCAAGUUUUGGAGCCUUUACUGCACAUAACCUUUACUUCUCACUGUAAUCCAUAGACUGCAUUUGAGAAAAUAUGCAUUAAAUAAUAAUUAUGUAAUUAAAUAUACUGGGAGGUAGAAUUCAGCUUAAGAUUGAUGCGUUUUUGGACCCCCUGUCAAAGCAUGUAAAAAAAUCAAAAUAAUUGCUCAGAGAAUCGGUCUGAAUUUAUGAAGAAUCCAAGAUAACAACAGGCUUUUUUCCCCUGCACUUUGGUGGAAAGAAAUCAGAGGUUGAACCUGAAGUAUGUGCAAAAAUCCAAGAAUGUGCAUCCUUAGAUGGAUCAUUUGAGGGUUUUUAUGAUGACGUUUUACAAACAAGGUAAAAAAGAGAGGGCUAUUUUAUAGAAAUACUGCUUAUCGCCCUUCAGUGUGCAUAUUGAGGUAAUUUCAACAAUUUGGAGAAAAAGUACAUGGAAUUUUCCUUAUUUUUGAGCACUCAGUUCCAUCAUUUUCUGUGAAUAUUUACGGUUAUUUAUUGUUGUUUUAAGUGGAAAACAAAAAAAAUUCAAAGAGCCAUCUCAACCAAUCAGAAGGCUCCUCUGAAUAAAAACUCAGCUAUGACUAUGUGGAUUAAACCUUCAGUCUGAGUACUUCCUGUGAUGUAGUUAGUCGCUGGGCAGAUUACAGCUCUUACUAUAACCACACUAAAAAAAGAAGAAGGCAGAUUUCCCAGAGAUCUGUUGUUUCUGCACUUGUAUAUUUCUUUAUUUGUCUAUCUCAGAUCAUCUCAGUAGGCCGAUAUUAAUCAGUAAAUGCUAAAUAUUUGCUAAAAACUCGAUUGACAGAAUCAUUUUUACAUCCGAUCCAGUCCGAACAUUUCACUGUUAUAAUGAAAACAGAUUAUUGAUGUUAAUGUUGGAAUGACAUUGGCCUUCUAUCAUCUUUCUGCCUUGUAUCGUUUGUUUUUGUAUGUUUAAAAAUGUAUGUUAAUAAUUUUUAUUGUUAAUGGAA